CUCUCUCUCUCUCCGUUCAUCUCCCAUACCACAACAAACAAAUAACCUCCUUAUUUAUGAGACAGCAAUCCAAUGACCAAAAGCCCCAACAAUAUCCGAAGCACCAAAACCUAACCAAACCAAUGUGCUUGCUUUGUGUGUGUGCUUCGUAAAGACUUAAAAACCAAAAUAUAUAACUUUAAAAAAAUAAACCCAACUUUGUUUUGGAAUUUGGAAUAAUACCCUUCACUUUUUCCAAUUGUCCAAAGAAAAUUCAACGCAUGUAUAAUUUAAUUGGGCAGUGAAAGAAGGAAUCAACGAUUUCCCCCACAACCACAGGAAACUUUUCUCGGAAAAUUUUGAUACUUUUCCCGGAAUUUUUUGAUAUAACAUAGGGACUGGUUUUGCCAUGUUUGGGUCUGUUUUAUUUUAUUUUUAUUCUUAAGACUUAUUGACGACCUUUGGAUUGAAUUAGUUGAUCCAAAGGCCAAAAGUGGGUUCGCAAUUCGCAUCGUACCGUAGAAAAUUCGCGUCAUUUAAUUGUUUUGUAAAAUAAAAAUACCCCACAAAACAGAAGUAAAGACAACCCCCAGACCAGAGCUCCAGAGCAACAUCCUCCUCCAGCCUCCUCCGUGCAUCCUCUUCGUUCGUUCUCUCUGCAGUUUGUGAACGAGGUAAAGUGAAAGAACUUCGGAUUGAACAUUGCUCGGCAGGAUUUGAAAGAGGGAAGAAUAUGGAGUUUUUCAGCCAGUGUUUAGGGUUCUUCUAGAAUAUGCCCAUAACAUCUCCGAUUGUCCAACAAAUUCAACGGAUAUCUAAUUAGUUGGGCAGUGAAGAAAAGAAUCAAGGAAUUCCCCGCAACCCCAGAAAUCCAAUUCAGUUUUCUCUAAUAUUUGCUUGGAAAACUUGAUAUUUUUCUCAGUCUUUCUGCCUGGGAAUUCCUUUUUGGAGCUUGGACUGGUGAAUCUGCAACUCUGAGACAGAUCUGUGCCUUUCUAACUCUACUUUGUUGAGGAGGCUUGGGCUUUUAUAAUUGCAUUCAUGAUCCGGUGAUGCAAUCUCAGGAUCUGAGAACAAUCCAUCAUCGGAACGACAGCGUUUGUAUUUGACUGCAAGGCGGACGCCAUGGACCAUGACGACUUGCGGACCAUCUUAGAAACCUCGGGUGUGGAUGUGUGGACGUUCAUUGACACCGCCAUUGUGGUAGCUUCGGUUGAUUAUGGCACUGAGCUCAAGCACCGGAGGGAUGGCAUUGUUGAGCGCCUCUACGCCACAACUUGCAUGCCGCCUCGGUGCCCGAACUGUGAUACUGAUGGGCCCAAUGGGAACCAACCUAAAGGAGUUUCACCGUACACGCCGCAGUUCGUUGAUAGAGAUGACGAUGAGGAGGAGGACAAGGAGGGGUUGGAUCCAUACGGAGGGUUGUUCGAUGAUGAGCAGAAGAACAUUCUAGAAAUCAAGAAGCAGCUUGAGGAUCCACAUCAGUCUGAGGAUUCUUUGGUUGAGUUGCUUCAAAGUCUAGCAGAUAUGGAAAUAUCAUUCCAAGAACUCAAGGAGGCUGAUAUUGGAAGGCAUGUGAGUCUAUUGCGGAAGCAGCAUCCAAGUGAUGUUGUUAGGAGAUUGGCAAAGCAAGUUGUCAGGAAAUGGAAAGGUAUUGUGGAUGAAUGGGUGAAGUUACAUGGAGAACUGCCAUCUUCAUCGGCCAUGGUUGAUGAAGACUCGCCCCAGCAGAAAAUUCCCCAAAAUGGUCUUCACCAGGUUCCUGAUUUUGCAUACUCUCCAAAUCCUCACAAUGGGAGUUCUGGGUCAGAUAAGAACAAUUCAGAACCAGAACGCAAGCCAAAGGCAGUUCCUAGGAGAGAAGCUCCACCAAAACCAGCACAAUCAAUCCCUAUGUCUGCUUCUGCUCCUCAAAAUAGACAGAGAGAACAGAAGGAAAGCAAUUUUGACAAUGAUAGAUUGGCUUCUGCAAGAAAACGACUUCAGGCGAAUUACAAAGAAGCUGAAAAUGCCAAAAAGCAGAGAACAAUUCAAGUAAUGGACAUCCAUGAGAUACCAAAACCAAAGAAUUCUUUCAUUGCAAAGAACAAAGGUGGAGGAGGAAGUGGUUCUCAGCAAGGCAGGCAUUGGUGAUUGUCCAAAAAUGGGCAGGGCCGCACAGAAUCACAUAACCACAUGUAUAAUACAAAAGGCUUAUGAGAUUAUGGGUGUCACCUUUAUAAUACAUUUUUUUUCUUUUAUUAAGCGAAACAGGUAAAGGACAAUUUUUCUAUUAUUUCCUUUGCUUAAUAAGUAACAUAAAAUUUUCUCAAUUUUGUGCGCGUCCAACUGUCUUCUUAUAUUUUCUUUUAUUUUGGGAUUUGGAGAGGACAACGGUGCCAAUCAAUGCUCGUUUUGUAAGAGCAUUUCAAGGGUCAAAGGUUUGAGAGAUGUGCCAUGGGACCAUCGGGUGGUAGGGAGUGGGGUGUUGGCUGUCAAGCUUUGUAUGGAGUAGGUGGAAAGGAGGAUGGUGCAGCUUUCUUGGACUUGCACUAGGGAUAAUUAUUAUAGCUUAUUUUAUUGUUGGUGGAGCUUUGAAAGAAGUGAAGUCAAAGAUAGCUUCUUGUCCCUUUAAGAACUCAUCAAUCAAGCUUGUCUUUUCAUACUUAUAUCCAA